AUGAUGAGUGUUGAACCGUUAGCAUCUGAUACCGCUGAUCGUAUUCGUACGGAUGAUCCACGUUCGAUAUCGUGUCGUUCUGAAUCACUGGAUUCGGGNAGGUCAGUCGGCGAUCUGCUAUUGAUUAUCAUUUAUCUCUUUUGGUUACUUCUGUACGCUGAUUCAAGAAGUUUGUCUGAUAGUGAAUGUUUUGAGAUGGGUUUGUGGAUCGUUUCAUUGAUUUUCUUUGCAUACCUACUUCUUGCAUAA